AUGUCUCAACAACGGCCCAACAAUGCUCAGGCAGGUCCCAGUCGACCGCUGAUCCAACGACCUCGCCAGGCCAACACGAACGCGGGUUCCAACGCUGCUCGACCCGGAUUCGCCGUCUCGCCGUUGAGCCAUGCGAUACACGGCGCAUUGGGUGGCAUGGGAUAUCGGUCAACCCCACUUGAACCUGCUUCGCAACCUUCGAUACCCAUCCCAAUGCCGAUGGCCGUGCCAGUACCUAUGCCAAUGGGCAUGAUGGGGAUGUCUUAUCCCGCAGGCUUGCCUAUGGCCCCUCAUUACCCACCUCAUCCUCAAGCUCCGUACGGAUAUGCUCCACAGGCCCACUACGGAUCUUUGCCUGCACCUCCAAUACAUCCGAAUCAUCAUCCUCUACCCAUGAACCCGCAAUGGUACCGCCAACAGCCCCCACCGCCUUCAAACCAGGCCGCGAAAUAUUCGGGGCCAUCUGCUCAAGGCCCUCGGCCGAGGACAACGAAUGACGGUUACACUAUUUCGUCGACGUAUCAAGCACCUACUCCUCUUUCUUCGGCGUCAAAACCCAUUCCUCAACGACCUCCGACAUCGAGUCAUUUCAUCCCGCACUCCAACCCAAGACCAUCAGCAAAUUCUUCAUCCCGAGCAUCAAACGGAGCGGGACCACCACCACCUCGACCAGCCCCAACUCGCCCACUCGCCGCGUCCCAUCCUUCAGCUCAAUCCUCCUACCCGUGUGGACUGGAAGGCUGUUCCUUCAAAUCCAACACCCGUAAAGUCACGCGCGAGCACGAAGAAGAUCGCCAUCUCAUGUUUGAAAAGGGGAGGGAACCCGAGCCCUGGAAAGGGACAUAUCAAUCUGGGUUAGUCCAUAGAGCGGGGGUGAAAGUGAGCAUCUGACCUCAAGCUAAUGUGGUUGCAAUUUUUGCCCACCACAGGGCCAGGAUCGAAGGAACGUCCCUCUCGCUCGACUCACCGGAAGCCGUCGCGGCGUGGAUCGAACAGCGCAAGCAACGUUGGCCAUCGAGCAAAGUCGUUGAGGAAAAGGAAAAGCAACGCGACGAACGCAUCAAGGCUGGGUUGGAGCGACCUCGGAACGAAUAUGGUGCGGGGGCCAGAGGGGGGAGAGGGAGAGGGAGAGGAGCUGAACGAGGGAGGGGGAGGGGCGGUCCGACUGGGAUGGGGCGAGGUGGGGUCAGGGGAGCGCAGGAUCGGAAUGACGCCAAGAGGGUCAAGAGGGAGGGAUCUGAGGGAUCAUCGUCGAGUGAUAGUGACAGUGAUUCGUCGGGCUCGACGAGCAACUCGGACGAAGAAACGAGCGAUGACGAGGACGAUGAUGGACCUCCAGAGGAGAUGUCGACGACGGGGCCCAAGAAGGGUAAGGAUGGAGAGGAGGAAGCGGCACGGAGAGAAUUCGUGCCUCGGAUCCCGUGUCGGCAUUUCUUGAAGGGGAGGUGCGCAGCAGGUGAUGCCUGCACUUUCUUGCAUGCCGUAAGCUCAUCCUUGGUCGAUAUUCUUGAGCCUUGA